ACGUCCACUCUUCUUCUUCCUCCUCCCCUCCUCCUCUUCCUUGACUUUGCCACCGUCCUUAUUCUUCGUCUUGGAAGCGAGGUAGCUGCACGGAGCACGCCUCCACUCCACUCAAUAUAAGGCGAGUGGUUCUCUUGCUCGAACCGCCUCCCGUUGACCUCACCUUCUGCCUGACUGAGCUCUGCUCUGCGAACACUUGUUGGCGUCCUCUUCUCCGCGCCUUUGCCUGGUGCCGUUGCGUCUCUGGGAUGAUGAGGCACCGGCAGCUCCUGCUGGCGACGGCCUGCCUCUGGGCUCUGUCGUGCGCCUCACUGCUCAGCGCUUCCGCCCCCGACGGUGCCGGGCUGCUCAGGGUCAGCCUCAACAAGAACCGGCUCGACGGCGAGGCCCUGGCCGCGGCGAAGCUCGCCAGGCAGCAGGACAGCCGCCGCCUGGGUGCCGCCGCCCGCCACGGCGACGAGAUCCCUCUUGUCGACUACCUCAACACCCAGUACUUCGGGGUCGUCGGCAUCGGCACGCCGCCGCAGAACUUCACCGUCAUCUUCGACACCGGGAGCUCCAACCUCUGGGUCCCCUCCUCUAGAUGCUACUUCUCGAUAGCAUGCUACUUCCACCACAGAUACUAUUCCAGAAAGUCUAGCACCUACAAGGCUGAUGGGGAGACUUGCAAAAUUACCUAUGGCUCUGGAGCCAUUGCUGGAUUCUUCAGCAAGGAUAACGUGCUGGUUGGAGACCUUGUCGUCAAAAGCCAGAAGUUCAUUGAGACAACACGCGAAACCAGUGUCUCAUUUAUCCUAGGGAAGUUUGAUGGCAUUCUUGGUCUUGGAUACCCCCAGAUCUCCGUCGGCAAAGCUCCUCCGAUUUGGCAGAGCAUGCAAGAGCAGAAACUUCUUGCGGACAACGUCUUCUCCUUCUGGCUUAACCGUAAUCCUGAGGCAUCAUCUGGUGGUGAGCUUGUGUUUGGCGGUGUAGACCCGAAACACUUCAAGGGGAACCACACCUAUGUCCCUGUUUCGCGCAAAGGAUACUGGCAAUUCAAUAUGGGGGAUCUCCUCAUUGAUGGUCACUCAACCGGCUUCUGCGCCAAGGGUUGUGCCGCCAUUGCUGACUCUGGGACUUCUUUGCUGGCCGGUCCAACAGCUAUAGUUGCUCAGGUGAACCAUGCAAUUGGGGCUGAGGGAAUUAUCAGCACGGAAUGCAAAGAAGUGGUGAGCCAGUAUGGAGAGAUGAUCCUCAACCUGCUCAUAGCACAGACAGAUCCGCAGAAAGUUUGCGGCCAGAUUGGUCUGUGCAUGUUUGACGGCACUCACUCUGUCAGUGAAGGAAUUGAAUCUGUUGUUGGGACAGAAAACCUGGGCUCAAAUGUUAUGUGCUCAGCCUGUCAGAUGGCUGUUGUGUGGAUAGAGAAUCAGCUCCGUGAAAACAAAACAAAGGAGCUGAUAUUGCAAUAUGCUAACCAGCUAUGUGAGCGUCUACCAAGCCCCAACGGCGAAUCAACAGUCAGCUGCCAUCAGAUAUCAAAGAUGCCAAAGCUUGCAUUCACCAUUGCAAACAAGACCUUCACACUAACACCAGAGCAGUACAUUGUCAAGCUGGAGCAAGGAGGCCAAACUGUCUGCAUCAGCGGGUUCAUGGCAUUCGACAUACCACCCCCACGUGGGCCUCUCUGGAUUCUUGGUGAUGUCUUCAUGGGAGCUUACCACACGGUGUUCGACUUCGGCAAGGACAGGAUUGGCUUCGCGAAAUCUGCAUGAGUGUGGGAGCACUCUGCUCUUCACAAAAGAUAUCCUAUCUAUUAGGGAGCAUUGUAAAUAAAUGGAUGGUGAAACUGAGAACGUGAUUUAGCACACGGUAGACCUUUCUUUCUAAAGAAGACCAAAUGGAUGCUUGGAGGAUGUGCUUGGACACACGUAUGUUUUAUGUUUACUGAAGAAAGGAACACCGAGAAAUAAUAGCCUGCUCAUCUGAUCUCAUCUCUUGAAAACUGUUUGUUCAUGGUUGUACACCUUUAUCCUUUGUAAAAAAACUUCUGGAUUGACUUGGAACUGGUGAGCAUGUAUCAAUGCAAUUUGCUUCUUUGUGGUAUA